UGUUGAUUGUCAAACUCGAAAUGGCGAGCGUGCUAAGAGGCCCUUUGCCUGCGACACUUAGGCGUUUUACCAUGUUCAUUUAUUUCGUGUUCCACUGUCGAAGUGUUUCCAUCGGUUUAUUUUGUUGUAAUAAGUUGACCUUUGGCGUCACAGACAUGUCAGAGAAGGAUCAGGUGAAUGAUGGCGGCUGAGGUGGAUGGGGAUUUGGAUAGAGGCAAUGAGUACCCAGCACAUUACAAAGUUAUGAUGGAUAAACUUAAUGAACAGCGACAGCUGGACCAGUUUACAGAUAUUACGUUAAUUGUGGAUGGACACCAGUUCAGAGCCCAUAAAGCUGUGUUGGCAGCAUGCAGUCAGUUUUUCCACAAGUUCUUUCAAGAUUUUACACAGGAACCACUGGUGGAGAUAGAAGGAGUGAGCAACACAGCCUUUAGGCAGCUGAUGGAGUUCACGUACACAGCCACACUCUCUGUGGCUGGAGAAGAAGAGGCCAAUGAUGUCUGGAAGGCUGCAGAAUACCUCCAGAUGCAGGAAGCCAUCAAGGCCCUCGACAACAAAAUAAAUGACAAUGCUUCAGUAAUGCCAAUCAGCAAAGGUAAAAAGAGGAAAAUUGCAGAGACAUCCAAUGUGAUUACAGAGACCCUGCCCUUGGUGGAAGGGGAACAGGUGGAGAUUGAGGUGAUAGAAGGUGCCAUUGAAGUGGAGGAGUCUGGUUUAGAGGAGGUGGUGGAUGCAGCAAAGAAUGCUCAGGCGUCAGAUGACUCUGCUUUGGCUCUUCUCGCUGACAUCACCAGCAAAUAUCAGCAGGGAGAACCUACGCUACAGGUGAUCAAGAAGGGAGAAAUAGAAGAGGAGGUUGUGUAUCAGGAGGAAACGGUGACUGCUUCCAAGGUCCUGGAGAAUGUUGAGUUCGUAGAGGUCCAGAUCUCCCAAGUGGACAACCUUUUCCGCUGCACCAAGUGUGACCGCAGCUUCAAGUUGUACUACCACCUCAAGCAGCACUUGAAAACGCACCUGGGCUCGCUAGAAAAGCCACAUGUGUGCAAUCACUGCGGUAGAGCCUAUACACGGGAGGGUGCCUUGAAGCAGCACAUCAGCACGUUUCAUUUUGAUGCGGAGGAGCUGUCUCAAAACCAUAAACCCCAAAAGAAAGUACAUGUUUGUGAAUACUGCAAGAAGCACUUUGAUCAUUUCGGCCACUUUAAGGAGCACUUACGAAAGCACACAGGGGAAAAACCUUAUGAGUGUCCAGAUUGCCAUGAGCGUUUUGCAAGGAACAGCACUCUGAAGUGCCAUAUGGCAGCCUGUCAGAAUGGGGUUGGAGCCAAAAAAGGACGCAAGAAAAUCUAUGAGUGCCAGGUUUGCAGCAGUGUGUUCAACAGCUGGGACCAGUUCAAAGACCAUCUUGUGAGCCACACGGGAGACAAGCCCAACCACUGCACCAUGUGUGACAUGUGGUUCACUCACCCCAAAGAGCUAAAUGCCCACCUCAAAGACAUCCACUCCAUUGAGGAAAACAAGUCCACUGAAGAAGUGGUUGUUACUGACUCUGCUCCUUCUGCCACCCUCACUGUAGCAACGGAGAGCAUAGAAGAAGCUAAGACCGUGCUACUGGAUGAGGGAAUUCAGGUGGAACACGUCACAGUGCAGCCGAUGGAUAUGAUGGAGAUGGAGGAGACGACGACAGUUGUGGUGGAGGACGGUGGUGUGGCAGAGAUGUGUGAGGAGGACAUGGAGAGAUUGAAGGCGGCCGGGGUGCAGAUCCAGGUGGUGCAUAUGACAACUGAUGGGCAUCAAGUACAGAUGGAGGGGGACGUGGUGAACGUUGAGGAAAUAGAGCAAGUGAUUAUAUGAGGAUGUGAAAAGGACUCUCUCGAGAACUGUGUGACACACUUGAAGUCCUGGACAGCUGCAUAAAGUUGUAGGUGUCAUCUUAGUUUCCGCACAGCAAACUGCAUGCAGGGUCCGGCAUGUUGCUUCCAUAUGUUGUGCAGUCUGCCAUCACACUGAACGACGGCUCCUGCUAACAUGGCUCUUUGGACUUUGAGUUAUCGACUGAUGUAUAAUUCCUUGUUAGGGCUGGGAAAUAAUUCACUAACAGUAUAUAUCACAACAUCAUUUUCUUAAAUAUCAGAAUAACAGGUUUUCUAUAUAUAUAUAUAUAUACACACAUUGUGCAAACACACUUUGAAACACAACACAUAAAAUGAAAUGUUUUGCCUUCUGUCCGUAAAACAAUUUAAACCGACAAUUAAGGGCUUUAGUCAUCUUUUGGUCAAACUUUAUCUUUAAUUAUCUGAUAUUUUAUUGUGAUAAUUGUUGAUUUCGAAUGAUUUGAAGCUCUUUAUAUUGUGAUGUUUUUGGCCACAUUGCUCAGCCCUACUCCUUCCCAAUAACUCUGUAUUUAUAUUUGCCGUAGUGCUUCAUCAAUCCAUUUCAUUUAUUUUUUUGUUUGUGUGUGUCAUUUUCAAAUGUAUAUUUUGUUUUUGCAGCUUGUAACACCGCUGUGUUAUGGCAUUGACACUCUUUGGUGCUAAUGCUGUUUUGUCUAAGCCUUUUUUUCCAUUUUGAUUGAAGGUGGUUUUGUAGGAAAGGACCAGAAAGGGAUUUCAGUUGGUUUCCAGAAUGGACUACAACUCUUGCAUCCAUCUACUGAGAUCUUGAUUUUUAAGAUCAACAAUUUGAGGUACAUUGUAGACAAAUUAAAAAAAAAUGUUACUGUCUUUGUUAUA